GUGCAGCAGUUUUGCUGUCUAAAACAGGAGACAUGUCUCCUAAACAGAAAUUGCUCCUUGAUAACUAUUUAUCCCCUGUGGAGUUUGGGUCAUGUACAGUGUGGUGAAGUGGGGUCACCACAUGUAAUAUAAUGCUCAAAAAUACCAAAGUGGCCAUAUCCUGGGCAAAGUUACAGGCUUUAUUCCUCUAAAUCCUGAGAAAUUUGUGAAAUAAACUUCUGCCUCAAAGGUAUCUCCAGUGUGAUGCCUUAGCCUUCUGCAUAAUCUUGCAACCAUCUUGUGCUAUUUCCCGUGAGUUUGGUAUUGACAAAUGUUGGGCCCUAAUUGCAGCUCCACGCAGACAAAGGACCCUUCCAGCCCAGCGUCCCACAUCCAUCAGCGUUCCAAAGGUAAUGCUUAGGCACAAGUAUGAGAACAGGUGAAGUAUAUCAUGGUGAUUCCCAAGGACAGGAUAUUUCUCUAAGCCAUACAUGUGUCUUCAUGGCUCCUGUAGUAGUCAGGUCCUGAAGCAGUAAGCAAAAACCUCAGCAAUGCUAUUCCAAAGCUAGCUAUUAAAAAACUCCAUCAUUGGCACUAAACUUCCAAUUUUACCUAAAUUAUGGGGCAAACUUCUGCAGCAAUCUGUCUCCAAGACUGCAACUGUGUUUGAGGCAAGAGGAGGUGUUAGUCUCCAUGGCUCUGCAAGACAUUGCACCAUGGGGUAAAUGUCUUUUUGGCCUUAGCUCAAGUGCUCUUUGUUUGGCAUCUUAAUUCCAGCAUGCCAGAUGAAAGGCAGCACUACCCUGCCUAAUUUGUACUCAUUACAAUCUUUCUUCAUCUAUAAUACCAUUAUCUUUAAUCCUGUCACAAUUGUAUUUUCCAUACUUCUGUCAUCUGACUACUGAUGCCUAGAAGAGAUAAGCAGAGCGUUGUGCCAGUCCUUGCUGUUAUCUUGCAGACAGAGGGAUCUGAGAGAGGCCCGUGCCUGCUGCCCACAGCCCAGCGAUGAGCGAGACCCCGGCCGCCAAUCUCAACACGGGCGAUGCUCCCACCGGCCCCACCACACCGCGCAAGGGGCCCCCCAAGUUCAAGCAGAGGCAGACAAGGCAGUUCAAGAGCAAGCCCCCCAAAAAAGGAGUAAGAGGGUUUGGAGAUGACAUCCCAGGCAUGGAGGGGCUGGGCACAGAUAUCACCGUGAUUUGCCCAUGGGAAGCUUUCAGCCAUCUGGAACUGCACGAGCUGGCCCAGUUCGGGAUCAUCUAAGGUGCCAGCAUCUCUGCUCGUGUCACCUGGUGACUCCACAGAUCCCAGCAUGGUCUUUACCACCUUUGACACUUACUUUUGGCCCUUGCAUCCGCUUGCUUAUGGGCAAGGUGGUUUUGUAAGAGCUAGUUAUGAGAAACUUAACUUUGCAGGUUAAUUUGGCAAAGAAGUUAUUUGGGACCCUGAGCAGACCUCAUGUUCCAUGUGAUGAAACUACUGAAAAAUGUCUUAAUGUCUCCCUGCACCAUAUUCUUUCUUCUCUCACUGUCAUAGGUCUUCAAUGUUUAUGGCGAUACAGGGAGGCUGUAUCUGAACUUUUUCCCUGAUUAGCUGAGAUAUUGUGUGCAUGUAUGUCCAGACAGAAUUAAAUCAGCCUGUUCUGUUUUCUUCCUUCCCUCCCUUUCUUCAGCUUUCUAUAUAGAAUUUCCAUGGGUAGGUCCCCGUGUUAUUUGGGCCACCUAUUAUUUGCUCAGAGUACAUCUGUAGAGAGCAGCAUUAGAGUCACACCAGUCCAGACAUUAGGCUGUUUUCCAUAGGAGAUCCUUCCCCAGCAGCUUCCAUGAGGAACGUGCUGCUAAGAUUUACCUCAUCAGCAAAUGGGGAAAAGGGCUUGCAAAUUCUGUCUCUGCUGUGCUGCCCACAGGCUAUGAACCAUGAGAGUCUGGCUGUUCUCAUUAUGUUAAAUGAAAAUGUGUGCAUCUGAGAUCAAUAGCUAAGUGAAUUAAUCCUAUUAUUCAUUCCUUUGUGGUUGCAGUUCCAAAGAAGCAGCCCUCCAAAUGAUGCUGUAUUUCCUCUCCUUUGAUGGGAAGCCCUGUGUGACACCUGUCCCCAUGCCAAUACAUAUUUACAUGAGACAUUUGCUCCCCAGGACAUGCUUGCUGCUUAUUAAGACAGAAUCCUUAUGAUCUGUCACCAGGCUGUGCCAGCAGUCCUGCCACAUGCAGCAGAAAAUGAUAUUGCUGUAAUUGCUCUCUCUUCCCUGUAUUUAGCGUAGGACAAGUCUCCCUUCACCCUGCCCCUCAUAAGUAGGAAGGCUUUUCUCUCUUCAUUCCCUGGCAAUUUCAGUCUCUGGAGCUUGUUUGGACAAGCAGGCAAACGGUGUCCCCAGAGAGAAGUAAGAGCAGAGCAGGGAGGGAGGCAGGGGAAGGGCGGGAUGUGUACAUGCAGACAAGCACAGAGAAAUCCACUUAACCCCAUCGAUCUGUGUCUGCUGCUCUCUGGCAGUGAGUGCUGCCCUGUGGUGAGGCACCCACAGCCACUCAAACGUUCAGGGAAGGCACCGAGAUCCCCUGGCAUUAGGGAAGGGCUUUUGGCUUGUUUGCAGGCAAGGAGCAAGUUUGUUGUAGCUACAUAGUAUUCAUGAGAGGAGGUGGAAUUUUUAGUCAUUGCUUUUAGCUUAAGAAGCCUCAUUGCAUAAGAACUGCCUUCCCCUAUCUUAUCUUUCCUAGGCUGAACAUGUUCAUGGGAGCAAGGAGUGAUUGUGGAGAGGAGAGCAAAUCCCUUCUAAAUGAUUGAUCCCCACGCAAAAAGCAUUGAUAUAAAUCCAUGGUGGUGCCAUAGUUAUCUGCUACUGUUAUUCCAGAAAUAAAAGCUCGCAGUUUUCAGUUAAAAUAUAGCUGGGGCACCAAAGCUAAAGGGAAUGAAUUCCUGUUGGCAGUCCAGAGUACAGCCUUUAUUAUCCAGCCCUGCUGCCGUUAGACGCAGCAGUGAGCGUGGAGCGUUCAGAGCCGCAGCGCCAUCGCAGCGCAGAGCCCUGUACCACUUAGCUAAUUGCAACCCACAGCUAUUUCCUUGGCCAGAGGCACUCUGUCCUUUCCACCUGCUUCCAGCUUCUCCUGCCUUUCUCACCUUCUAAUGCUUUUCUUCUUUCCCUAAAUGUUCUUUAUAUAAAUGACCUUUUACUUAGCUUUUACUAUAGGGAACUGAUUUCUUUUUUUUUUCAAGCUCCUGUACUAGCCCUCUCCUUCUGCAUUUAAAUGUGAAUGCUUGUAUGGCAAUACUCUCAUGCUCUCCCUCCCAUUAUGCCAUCCUGUUACAUAUGAUCCUUUUUCCACCUUCUCAGUCUGUCCUCUUCUCUCUGGGAAAAGACCCAUUAGAUCCAGUUUUAAAUCUUUCAAGCUGGCUGCCUCUAUUUUAGUUGAGUUUUCCCUUUUUUAAACUCGACAAAAACAAGAGAAGGAAAUUCUAAUUCAUCAUUUUGCUCCCUUUUCGUCCCAGACCUUGGGAAAACAGUCCACAGACAGUGAGAUACCUUGUCAGAAAAAACUGGGGUAAAAGCAAAAUUCUCCUUAGUCCAGGGAUUGAGGUUUUUAGCAAAUCAGGUCCUGGUGUAGUUCCCCACCUGAUUGCCACAGCCCCAGUUCCCUUCAGAGAACUUCCCCAUUCUCCUUCCUGGAGGAGUCCAGCAGGAAUGCACACACAACCCAGUUCUCAUACCUAGCUGAUGAGCUGUAUCAGAAGACGGGUGUUUUGAGCCAACACAGUUUGUUAGUUAUUUUAAAAAUCAUUUCUAUUCAUUAAUAGGAAUCACAUUCAUUCCUUUACUUGUAAGGAAUUUUGAGGCUUAGAAGAAGAGUCUUAAAACACACUCAUGGUUGCUUUUCCUGAGGUUCUGAGUUUUUUCUAAUGAGCCAUAGUUCCUGAAACUUCCAUUUUUCAGUGAGAGAUGGCUAUGGUGCAAGAAAGCAAAUGUGUUAAAGCAGCUUGUUGAAGGACUUCACUCUAUAUGCAUUGUAAUACAUUAUUCUCUGUUAUUUUACUAUAAAAACAUGUCAAAAGGAAUAAAAAUUAAUAAAAAAUGUUUUAAAAAUCUUAAGAAUGUAGUCUGACUUGCUUGCAAAAUAUAGCCAGGGAAAGGCAGAUGACUUAGCUUUUCUUUCUGAAAUCCUUUCCUUUCCUGGGGAAAGCCCUGAAAGUCACUUAUCAUGUCUCAUUAGAGAAAAACAGCUAUUUAUCUCCAAACAAUAGGCAAUAAAGACUGACUGUGAUAUCAUCUGAGAAGCAGUUUUUUCCUGAGUGAUGACUGGUAUAUUCUCCCAAAAGUGUUGCACAUGGUUUCCUUCAGGCUGAAAUCUUUUGGCCAGCUACAUCUUCUAGGACUCAGUGCCAAUGAAUGUCAGCAUGUUUUCUACCCUAUAGAAAAGAAUUGCUGAGAUGUGAAUGCCACUUAGUUCCUUCUCAGUGCCAUGGCUGCCAGACAGAGCUGCAAACACUCAUCCCCUCUUGCUUCUUUCUGUUGCUGAACUUUCUAGGUGUCCAUAGGGGUUUCAAGUUGGCCAAGUGCAUUCGCCUUCUCGUGUUAUGCUGUCAAAUCUCAGCCUUGGAAGUGUUUUCUUUCACGCCAUCUUUGGAGUUUUUUCCUUGCAACUCGUUACUGGGUGUCCAAUUGAAGGUCUUUUGUCUUUGGAAUGUUCUC